ACGGGGCUAGCUAGCUUUUGCCAAAGAAUAAAAGCUCCACUGCUCUCUCCACUCAAUAAUUGUAUAUCAAUUGGCCCCAAGAUAAAUACUUCAAGGGACACCCUAAUACUCUUCGCAAUAGUCAUUUUGCAUUCUUGUUUUAUGCUCAGCUAGCUCCUCUUCGCUUAGGCCAAGCACAGUUAAUACUUCAUUUGUCUCACAACCAAAUCUUUGGCAUGAUCAGUGGAAGGAAAGCGGCAAACGCCAUGGGAGGCAAGACGGCAAGAGCUUGCGAUAGCUGUUUACGCAAGAGGGCACGCUGGUUUUGUGUAGCAGAUGAUGCUUUCCUGUGCCAAGCCUGUGAUGCAUCGGUCCACUCAGCGAAUCAGUUAGCUAGUAGACACCAAAGAGUCAGGCUUGAGACCGCAUCAUCAUAUAGGAUCAGUAGUUCAUUAAACACUGAUCAGGAUUAUUCUCCACCAGCAUGGCAUCAAGGGUUCACAAGAAAGGCAAGAACCCCAAGGCAUAACAGCAACAGCAACAAGUCUUUAUUGGUGCAAAAACUGCUCAAAGAUGAUCGAGAGAAAGUCUUGAACCCUCUUCCGCUUGUUCCAGAAAUUGGAAGUGAAGAAGAGCCAAAUAUGGCUGCUGAUGAGAAUGAAGAUCAGUUGCUUUGUAGAGUUCCUGUGUUCGAUCCGUUUGCAGCAAAAAUGUGUGAUAUAGUAACAAGUGAAGAUGGAAAUAUGGCUGUUGAAGUUUACGGACAGGAAGGAGCAUGUGGCUUGGAUAACCUACCAGGGUUUUUGCCUUCAGACAUGGAUCUUGCUGAGUUUGCUGCAGAUGUUGAGAACUUACUGGGACGGGAAACUGAUGAGGAAUAUCAUGAUACUAAGGAUUUAGAGCUGUUAGAUUGUAGUAAAGGGGAAGAUGAAGGGCAGUUUUGUUUCGCGGACAAAGUAGUGAAAAUGAAGGAUGAACAAGAAAUGGAAACAAUCAUAGAUUGCCAUUUUGAUCAAGAUUUUAAUAUGGCAAGAGAGUCAUUGUUGGGUUGGAAUUUCGAUUACGAGACACUGGUGGACGGAGAUGAAGAGGUGGAAGAGAGAAAGGUGCCAGUGCCUGAGACAGAAAUGAUGACUAGUACUGAAUACAAGGAGAUGAAGAGGAACGUAUCUUUAAGGCUCGAUUACGAGUCAGUCAUCAUCGCAUGGGCUAACCAAGGCUGUCCAUGGACUACAGGAAGCCGACCAGAGCUCAACGCUGAUGAUUCUUGGACUGAUUCCAUGGGUACGAGCCCUAAAGAUGUUAAUAAUCCAUACGGAGGACUGGGGAGCCAUACAAGAGGUGGAGAUGGGGAAAGAGAAGCGAGGGUCAUGAGAUAUAAAGAGAAGCGAAGAACACGAUUGUUUUCGAAAAAGAUAAGGUACGAAGUAAGGAAAUUGAAUGCAGAGAAAAGGCCUAGAAUGAAAGGCAGGUUCGUCAAGAGGACAUCCCUCAUGGGGACUACUGAUUUUCCUUGACGAAACACAGUUUUAACUGCCAGCAUCGAUCAGCGAAAGCUUGAAUGAGUUAUUAGGCUCAUUAGUAUCAAAUUUAAUCUUACUAACAAAUGGAACUAAGUUUAGGUAGAUGUCACUGUGACCUCUCAGUCUCUGACAUGUUACUGUUUGGAAGUUCAAAGUGGGAGUUACAUGGACAUGCUAUGAAGAAGUCAACCUUCACAAGAUGAACUAUUUAACAAUUUUCUUGACUUAGAAAACUUCUGUUUGUUCAUCAAUAUAUGUUGUGCUUAGGAAAUUUUGGAGAUUAAUGCAAUCUCCCUAUUAAGGAAAAUAGGUUGACAACAUUGUAAAUAUACUAGGUGUCUACUAUGCAUUGAAGAAAUGCUUGUUCUUCAAUUGCGAGCUUUAGCUGGAAUGUAUUUCUUCUACACAGCAGCUCAUUAAUGCUUUUCCUUUCAAGCUAUAAAGUUAUCGCUACCAUCUAUUUUCUUUUUG